AUGAAACUCGCAAUCACCGUUUUAUCAUCGAUAUUGGCUGUCUGCUCAAUCACAGUCGCCAACCCGGUUCUUACCACUGCUACUACAAGUACUGAAUCUAGCACUUCAACAGUCAUUCCCAGCUCGACUACAAGUGCUGAAUCUACUCUUAUUCCAAUUUUUGACCCAAAAAAAGUCAACUGUGACCCAUUUUCGUUGAGCGAAGUAAUUAUGAUCCAAACCUACGCAAGAGAUAAAAUGAUUGCAGAAAGAAUGGCUGAAAGGUUUAAGCGGAUAGAGUUGGAUAUUGAAACUCGAAGACAACUGAUAAUUCGACUGAGAAAACACCUUGCAACUUUGAAAAGUAACUCUUGGGAAAACAAUGGCGCUUCAAAUUAUGGGACAAUGGUUGAAGACCUUGAGAAUGAGAUUAGUCGUCAGAUUACCGUUUAUAGAAGUCUCAAACUCCAAUUUGAUUCUCUCAUUUUGCAGCAUUAUAAUAUGCAUUACAGGUGGCAAAGCUCUGGAUUGGCACUUGUGAAUCGCAUGGUGCGUUAUGAUACAAAUGUAGUGCUGACUGGACGUAAUGUGACACUCUUGAAUCACGUUCCCGGAUUUACAGAGUGCAUUAAGCAAGUAAACACCGUGUUACUAAAGCUACUUCCAGAGCCUGCAAACAACGAAAGUUCUCCAGAACCUGAAGAAACUCGGUCAAACGAGAAUGUGAAUGUGCAAGAUCUUGCCGACUUUGAGGAUGAUGAAGAUCCUCCAAACUCUGACAGUGAUCAAGAAAAUCCUUUUAAAUCCAACGAGGAUCAGGCUAUGAAACCUGAAUUUGAUGGUUUUGGUGAUUUUGAGUAUGGUCCUGAUGAUUAUAAUGAUGGUUUUGAUGAUAAUGGUGAGGGUUUUGAUGAGUAUGAAGAGGAGGAGGAUGAAAAUGAGCAACAAGCUUCCGAUUCUCAACAACAAGAUUCCGAUGCUCAGCAAUAA